GGUGGGUCCCCUCAUUGUGCAGCAGACAGUGAAGUUAGGUGUACAUAAACUCAUCUUAGGCAAGCAUCAGCAAGGCUUCUUUGCAAGGAGGUUCAGACAGAAAGGAGUUGCGGAAUAUUGCAUGGCAAACUGCAAAUGCACAGUGCUCGCAAUUCGUCGGCAGAGCAGAAGUCUGGGGGGAUACAUCGUCUUCGGCCAGAGAUCUCAAAAGUUUUGGUUCUUAGCCUAGCAACUGUUUACAGUCUCAGUCAUAGAUACAAAAAAGAGUAAAAUGCGCUACUCCAUAGUACCCUGUUUGUUUCAUGGAGUAUCAAAUCAAUUGCGGAUUGACGCCGACUAUGGUCCCAAGCAAGAUCAUACAAAGCGCUUUUCCCGCGUAAUGCGUGUGGGAAGAGCAGAGCGAAUGUAUGUCCGCGGUGCAAAGCACUUUUACGCAUUUGCCCCUCUGCUACCUGUGCUUUGUGCACAGUUGACCCCGCGGCUGAAUGGAGAUCAGCCGGAACCGUCAAGGGACAUGGUGGGGACCAUGGUCUCUCGAAGUGCCUUUUUUUUCCAGCUAGCGUAUGAGCAAAUGUAUAUCCGCCUUGCGAAGCACUUUUACUCGUUUGCCCCUAUGCUACCUGUGCUUCGCGCACAUUUGGCCCCCGACUGAGCCCAUCGAGGGACAUGGGACCGUGGUCUCAAAGCGCUUUUCCGGCU